AUGGAUGCUUUUACGUACUCACAGGACAGGCAGACAACCGAUUCUGACGUUUCAGCGACAGCCCUUCUAUGCGGAGAGAAAACAAAAUUUCGUUUGAUCAAGACAGAGAUGGUCAGUCGCUCAGUUGGCGUUGAUACUAGAGCAAGAAUCACACACGCCACACCUGCAUCAGCGUACGCCAAAUCGGUGUCGCGUAACUGGGAGGUGGACGGAGAUAUGGUGGGCGUGACUGGAGGUUGAACAGAUAUCGCCUUCCAACUCAUCUACAACAACAGUUUCGUCAAGGCGAACCACAUGCAGUAUGAUUUAGACCGAAACAAAGGUCCAACCGGAGAACCGUCUCUGGCGGUAAUGACACAGAAAGCCAUCCGGGUUCUUCAGAAAGAAAAAAAAGGCUUCUUUCUAUUAGUAGAAGGAUGUCGAAUAGACCAUGGUCACCAUGGAAACAACGCCAAACGCGCCCUGUUUGAUGCUUUGGCGUUUGAAGACGCUGUAAAAAUUGCCACUGAAAUGACAGACGAAAAUGAUACACUCAUCAUAGUAACAUCUGACCACGCCCACGUCGUCAACCUGGCCGGCUACCCAAAACGAGGCAACACUAUUUUUGCUGAUAAAGAGUACAUCCAGGUGGCCGCUACUCCACGUUUUGAGGAUUCUCAAGGUGGACAAGACGUUGGAAUAUAUGCACGUGGGCCAAUGGCACACCUGAUACACGGCGUCCACGAACAACAUUAUAUAGCGCAUGUGAUGACCUAUGCCGCUUGUGUUGCUGACAAUAACAAACGAUGUGAGGACAUUGUGGGAAAUGGCCUUUCACAAGAGGCGAAUCGUUAUUGA